AUGAUUAUCCUCAGCUGGAAUGUGCGCGGGCUUGGGAACCCGUCCACAUUCAAUGCCCUCAAGAAACUACUGAGGGUUCAAGAUCCCGACUUAGUUUUCCUAAUGGAGACUAAGAAGAAGGAAGAUGCAAUGGCGAGAUUAUGCAGUUCUCUAGGCUAUAAUAAUUAUAAGAUUGUUGACAGAACAAGAGAAAAGGGAGGCGGGCUAGCUCUGUUAUGGAAGGAUGGUUUAACUGUAGAGGUUGUGGAUUCGAGUCCCGGUUUCAUAGAUGGUAUUGUGUUAUGUAAUGGGAAGAGGCUGCGAGUGACUGGUUUCUAUGGUCAUCCGACAACGGGAGAGAGGCAUCACUCUUGGGAGGUUAUACGGCGACUGGCUCACUCUCUGACAACGGAUGAUUGGAUCAUUUUUGGUGAUUUUAAUGAAAUUCUGAGGGAUGAAGAAAAAAGUGUUGGGCGGCUCCGUCCCAUGUGUCAGAUGGAGAGGUUUGGAGAGGUAGUAAAUGAAUGUGGCUUUAAGGAAGUGGAGUUUACAGGGCCUACUUUUACUUGGAGUAAUGGUACGAUUGCAGAAAGAUUAGACCGGGGUUUUUUGAAUCCUACUGCGACGAUUUCUUAUCCUAAUGCUCAUGUUUUUCAUUUGGAGGAGACUUGGGAGAUGAAGGCAUCAGAUUCUCUCUAUUCUAAACUACAGUUUUGUGCUGAGAGACUGCAAGAAUGGAAUUCGAAGGUGGUCGGUCAUAUCCCCAGAAAGAUUGCAGCACUGAAAACGUUGUUGCAAAACUUUCCAAUUGAUGCAUGCUCUGAAGCUGAUAGAAGACAGCGUAAAGUGAUUAAACAUGAGAUAGAAAAAUAUGCUGAAUAUGAGGAGUCUCUUUGGAAACAAAAAUCCCGAAUUCAAUGGUUACAAGAAGGGGAUCAGAACACCAAAUAUUUCCAUGCGGUGGCUAAGGGACGUGGUCAACAAAAUAAAAUACAAGGUGUUUGUGAUGAAACUGGGGCCUGGUGUGAGGAUAUGGAAGCUAUUCAAAAUGCUUUUGUGACCUACUUCUCUAACCUGUACAUAUCGGAGGGAUGCAAUAACUUGGAGUUAGUUCUCGAUACGAUCCCAAGAAGAGUUACAGAGGAAGUAAAUAGUAAGCUGCUUGGAAGGUUUGAAAGAUGGGAAGUAGAGUUGGCUUUGAAACAUAUGGGGGCGACAAAAUCGCCUGGUUUGGAUGGGAUGUCAGCUCUGUUUUUCAAAUCCUUUUGGCCUGUGGUAGGGGAUGCAGUCUGUGAGUUUUGUUUGGGUGUUCUGAAUGACGGAAAGGAGUUAGAAGAGUUUAAUCAUACUCUUAUCUCUCUGAUUCCAAAAAUCUCAAACCCAAAGAGUGUGACAGAGUUUCGUCCCAUAAGUCUCUGCUCCACAGUUUAUAAAUUCAUCUCAAAAACUUUAGCUAACAGGUUGAAGAAGCAUCUGCCAGAUAUUAUUUCCAGCACUCAAAGCGCUUUUGUUCCAGGUCGGAAUAUUCAAGAUAACGUUAUUGCAGCAUUUGAAACUGUUCACAGCAUCCGUAUUAAGAAGACCACUCAGGAGCCAAAGAUGGUGCUGAAAUUAGACAUUAGCAAAGCGUAUGAUAGGGUGGAGUGGCUUUUCCUUGAAGAAGUGAUGAAGAAGUUAGGGUUUGCCAACAGGUGGGUUUCUCUAGUUAUGAAAUGUGUUCAGUCAGUUUCUUUCUCAAUUCUUUGGAAAGGUCAACCGGUUGGACACUUUACACCAACUAGAGGCAUUCGUCAGGGCGGUCCUUUGUCCCCGUAUCUUUUUCUCCUCGUAUCUGAAGGUUUGUCAGGUCUGUUACAUCGUGCAGAUGAAGUGGGAAUGAUUCAUGGGGUUAAAGUUGCCCCUUCUGCACCAUCUAUUUCUCACCUCCUAUUCGCAGAUGAUAGUUUGCUCUUUGUGAAUGCUAACAUCCAGGAUUGUAUCUCCCUGAAGCAAUGCUUGUUAUUGUAUGAGAGUGCAGCUGGACAGAGGAUUAACUUUCAAAAAUCGGCGUUGUCUUUUGGUCCUAAUGUCCCUGAAAAUUUGCAAGUGGAGUUACAAGAGUUUCUAAAUGUUCCGGUGGUGGAUUUCCAUGAAAAAUAUCUGGGGCUCCCAACAUCAAUUGGUAGAAAUAAAACAGAUGUUUUUCGGAAGCUGAACGAAAGACUGGAUAGGCAGUUGCAAGGUUGGCAAGGGAAGUUCCUCUCAAAAGCGGGUAAGCUUGUUUUAAUUAAAGCAGUGGCUCAAGCUAUUCCCACUUAUUCCAUGCUCGUGUUCCAAUUGCCAAUUGGGGUGUGUAAGAAAUUCCAGUCUAAGGUGAGCAAAUUCUGGUGGGGCAAGAGCGGUGGGGUGAGAGGUAUUCACUGGAGCAGUUGGGAGCGUUUAUGUACAAGUAAGGAGGCAGGAGGUUUAGGUGUCCGAGACCUCAGGGCCUUUAAUCAGUCGAUGCUUGCAAAAACAGUAUGGCGUAUCUUCUGGGGUAGAUCUUCUUUGGUGCUUGAUCAGGGGACUAGAUGGCGCAUUGGUAAUGGAAGGAGGGUUCGCAUAAAGGGAGAUCGAUGGCUACCAACCCCAUCAAGUUUUAAAGUUAUCUCUUCUUUGCCUAUACCAGAUGCUUGGACUGUGGAACACCUUUUGACGGAAUCGGGAGCAUGGAACGUCCCUCUAAUUCAAUCACUCUUUCUUGCACAUGAAGCUGAGACAAUACUGGCAAUGCCUUUGGGUUUGAGAUCGAUCCCAGAUAAACUCGUUUGGCAUUUCACUAAGAAUGGUAACUUUACAGUUAAAACUGGUUACUGGGUAGCUCGUGCAUUGCAGGAAAAGAAGAAUGGGAGCAUUGCCGGGUGUAGUACCUCUAGGGUUCCAGAGGUGUGGAAGAAGGUUUGGAAGCUUCAUGUUCCAAGCAAGAUCAACUUAUUACUUUGGAGGGCUUUUCACAAUUUCCUCCCGUGUGGUCAAAACUUACAGCAAAGGAGAAUAACUAUGGAUGGAACGUGUUGGCAAUGCGGGGCUGCUUGUGAGUCUACUCUUCAUGUUUUUUGGGAAUGCCCUGCAGCGAGAAAUGUUUGGAAGCUGACCUUUUUAAGUGAAGUUUGUAAAACAUGGAAGGAACCUUCUGUCAUGGAUUUAUUCUCACAUGUUUCGAGUAUAGCUGUCGGUAAUGAUUUGGCUCUCUUUGGCUUUAUAAUCUGGUGGUUGUGGCGGAAUAGGAAUUUGCAGCGACAUGGGGAGAAGACUAUGCAUUCUGAGGGUCUUGUUCAAGCUGCAACGGAGUGGCAGCUGCAAUUUUGUUCUGCUAUUGCACAGACGCCACCAACAAGAUUGCAUGAAGGGUCAACGUAUCAGGAGGUUGUGAACUGGAACACGCCAGCACGAGGCUUUUUAAAGAUGAAUUUUGAUGGGGCUACAGAUGUAAAAAAUGGAGUAAGUGGAAUUGGGGCUGUCUUUCGGGAUCAUGAGGGUACGCUAAAAGGUGCUGUGGCUGCUCCAUUGGUAGGUAAUAUAUCUCCCAGAGCGGUGGAGUCAUUAGCAUUAUUGCAUGGUCUUCGAUAUGCCUUACAUGUUGGUUUUACUAAAUUAGAGGUGGAAGGGGAUGCUCUGACAGUAUUGAAUACGUUGCAUGACAAACAUGACGACCUGAGUUCGGAGGGACAUAUUCUCGAUGAAGUUAAACAGUUAUUUCAGUUUUUUAGUUUUUGUAGUUGGCAUUUUGUGAGACGUGAUUGCAAUAAAGUUGCACAUCGUCUUGCAAAGGAAGCAUUGCAGUUGAGUCACCCUUUUGUGUGUUUGGAGUCGGGGCCGAUUUGGCUCCACCAGUGUGUCAGUAUAGACUUCGAGUGUGAAGUCUGA